CUCGUCUUGGCCGCCCCGCCUGAGGAGGAGGACGACGACGACCACGACGACGACGACGACGACGACGAGGACGAGCAGCAGCAGCGGGAACCGCGGGCUCGCUCACUGCUAUGGACAGUGCCAUCACUCUGUGGCAGUUCCUCCUUCAGCUCCUCCAGGAGCCUCAGAACAAACACGUGAUCUGCUGGACUUCUAAUGACGGGGAAUUCAAGCUAUUGCAAGCAGAGGAGGUGGCCCGGCUCUGGGGAAUUCGCAAAAACAAGCCAAGCAUGAAUUACGACAAACUCAGCCGAGCUCUCAGAUACUACUAUGUGAAGAACAUCAUCAAAAAAGUGAAUGGUCAGAAGUUUGUGUACAAGUUUGUCUCCUACCCAGAGAUUUUGAACAUGGACCCCAUGGCCGUGGGCCGGAUAGAGGGAGACUGUGAAAUCGCAGGUUUCACGGAAGUCAGCAGCAAUCUGAAGGAUUUGGAGAACGGGGGGAGAGAGAAGCCACUCCAACCCUGUGCCAAGACCUCCAGCCGCAACGAUUACAUUCAUUCUGGCCUGUACUCCUCAUUUACCCUCAACUCUUUGAAUUCCUCCAACGUAAAGCUCUUCAAAUCGAUAAAGAUUGAGAAUCCAGCCGAGAAAAUGGCAGAGAAGAAAACCCCCCAGGAGCCACCGCCCUCAGUCAUCAAGUUCGUAACGACGCCGUCCAAAAAGCCUCCAGCAGCGCCCCUUACCUCCGCCAUUUCAACCGUCCCAAGCAUUUCCAUGGCUUCAGAAGACCCCCUCCAAGUCUUAGAGACUCUCGUCCCUCCCAGACUGCCUCCCCCUGAAGUCCCGGUGUCGGGACUCGACGCGGCCACCGCUUUCCCCACAGCGUCCCCCGAGUCCUCUCUCUCCCCUCCUUUAGGGGAGACGUCCAGAUCCCCUUCCCCUCCCUUGAGUUCCAACCCAGACCUGGAUAUCGAUACAGACAUAGACUCUGUGGGCUCACAGCCUAUAGAGCUCCCCCAGAAUUUAUCUGUGGAGCUCAAAGAGCAGGAAGCGACUCUACUAGACAAGGACAGCACAAAUAACUCAACCCGGUCCAAGAAACCCAAAGGGCUGGAACUUACACCCACUCUCGUGAUCACAGGCAGUGACCCAAGUCCAUUGGGGAUCCUGAGCCCAUCUCUCCCUACGGCUUCUCUUACGCCUGCACUUUUUUCACAGACUCCUAUCUUGCUGACGCCUAGCCCCUUGCUCUCCAGUAUUCACUUUUGGAGCACUCUCAGUCCUGUCGCUCCCUUGAGUCCAGCCAGACUGCAAGGUGCUAGCACUCUUUUCCAGUUUCCUUCAGUGUUGAACAGUCAUGGGCCAUUUACCCUCUCCAGCCUGGAUGGACCGUCCACACCUGGCCCCUUUUCCCCAGACCUUCAGAAAACAUAGCACAUGACCUUGUGGACAGGGAAAACUGGGGAACAAAGAAGGAAGAGACAUUCAAUGAAUCCACAUUUAAAAGGAGCAUUUUGUAAUUCCACAGAGCUGAUAAGGGAGGGACAGUUGUGAUUUUUGCCCAUUCCCUGGUUUUUUUAAAAAAAGCAACAACAAACCUUUUUGGGAUUUCCUUUGGUAGGACUCAAGUGGGAAUGGAAAUGCCUUAACUGGAGUCAAGGCUCCACCUCUCCUCUCCCCCUUUCCCUCUUAUGAGAAGAUUUCCCUUAGCAGUUUGGGUAACGAGCUUUUGGGGGAAUACAGUGACUGAGUCUGCUUUGACUGAAGCCAGUGAAAGCAAGAGAUCGUUUCGUUUUUGCUGCCAGAACUCACCAGCGGAAAGAAGAUUCACGAUCAAAAUCGAUGAUUCCUUCAAGGUGGUCAUGAAAUUGACCACCCCUUAUUUAAGACUGUUGGUAUCCCUUCUUGUUCCAGAAUACCCCAUGAUUUUCACCUGGUCAUGUACAGCAGAAAGCUUAAUAUCAUUUCUCUUUCAUAGAGGGUGAAAUUUAAAUGUUUUCUGUAGGAAAGAUUGAAGGCGGUGUUGGGAUGGAGCACAGAAUAGACAGCUCAGCAGAGGCAUCGGGUUUCCAUUUCUGCAAGAUGGUUCAGUCUGCCCAUUUAGGUUACAGGGUGAACUUGUCUGAACCUGUCAAGAAAGUAUGGGAUGGUGGUUGCCUUCUCCAGCUGCUGUAGCCUAAGGGGCCUCUUUAACUCAAGAUGACAAGCGUUGGUUUGAAACCCAGUCCUUGGACGAUCCACUAAGAAGGUGGGAAUCCACAUCUGGCACGGAAACGUUGGCUGCUUUCUGGGUGGUGUGGUUGUACACUCACUGACUACAAAGUCACGCGUGGGUGGUCAAUAGGCUUUUGUGAGGAUGGUGCUGAAUUGUUGAGAACGCUGGACAGGCCUGGUGAGAUACAGAAUUGAGCAGUCUGAGAGAACACUGAUUGCUUUUUCUCAGUCCAAAAACAUAGCCCAAAUGGAGGUCCCUUACUUUCUAUUACCUCUAAGUCAUCCUUUCUUUGUGUUUGUUUGUUUUUCAUGCUUUUUUCCUUUCAGGCUGCGCUAUACUUGAGGUUAUAAGUAGACAAGUCAAAUGAAAAGUGAACCAUCCAGAAUCAGCAGUGAGCAGUGAGUAGAACUGUGCUUGUCCAGCCUGUGGGAAUGGGAAUAUCUCGGAGGUGGGGAGUUCAUCUGCAGCUUAGUAAAGUGCCUAGCACAUGGUAAGCACUCAAUAGAUGCCACUGAUGGAUAUCAGUGCUUAGAGAUCCAACUGCCGAGAUAUUGGUAAUGGGAAGUGCAGGCUUUCGUUUCCAGGUCCCAGAAUCGGCCAAACAUCAGUCGUGUAAUAAUGAAUGACCAAUUCCCUGCCUGCCUGGGACGGAUAAGGCUAGGGCUCUCUUGGCCAGUUGGGCGGUAGGUCCACAAAAAUUGGGCUGAGAUCACUGUUACUGUUGGGCUCCCGUGUUAGCCUUCUUGUCCUGGAAGCCGGGAUCAAAUAUUCCGCAGAGUAUAAACCACUUUCUCAAUCCUAGAAAUGAUCCCUAGCGUGGAGUCGUGUCGAGUGAGUGGAGUGGAAAAAAAAGUUUACUUGUGUUGAACAAAGAAUUUAAGGCCUUCAGACCCUUUCGAUCCAGCACCUUUCAGCAGCACAAAAUUCACUUUAAUAAAAAUUUUUUAAAAUAUAGUUGUAUAGGAAAGCUCACGUCCAAGGCUUAGCUUAGUGAGGAGGAGGUAGCUGGCGAUCAAGCUGUGUUAUAGAUGGUGGUUGCGGAAGCCCACCAAACCAGUGUUUUUGUAGUUUGUGUGGUGUCACCCUCAGGAUUGGAUGCUUCAGGAUGGCCAGUUUCUUUCUGAUGUCUCUUUUCUUAAGCACAGUGAGGUGGAGGGAAAGGUUAUAUCCAGGAAGCGACCUUCAUAUUCCGUAGCAUCAGAGGCACUCUGCUAGUUCAUUUGUAGAGGACAACAGAGUAGCCUUCUGGGGCUCUCGACAAGUGUGCAGUAGUAACACUGAAAGAUAUCUGUAGGUGGUGAUCAAGAAUGGGUGCAUUGGCUUGGCAGUCCCCAUGCCUGUUCUAAAAUGAAAUUUCCCCGAGGCACUUUGUGAAAGUUUUAUAUUGUUUCUAGGAUUUUGUGCAUUCAGUGAAGUCUUACCUAAGAUUUUAACUUUUAGUUAGCAAGCCACAUAGGCUGGAUUUUCUUUUCAAGGAAUGAAUACAGUAAGGAGAGCAGUCUGUUUUGAAAGAUCCCAUCUUCGGCCCUGCACCUUACGGAGUCCCAGACCAAACUUGCUUCUUGAGGGCAGGGAACGUGUGUGUGUGUCUUGCUUCUGUUGUGCUCUUCCAGGAGCUUAACUCAGUGCUUUCAAUCAGUCAGUGGUAUUUAUUGGGCACUUACCGUGUGCAGAGCACUUUCCACUCAAUAACGCACAGAUUGAACACGAGAGCUCGACUGCUCCAGUAAGGAAUCAAGAAAAUUUGGUCCAGUCUUGUCUGGUUCUCUGCUCUUGCAACCUCAAAGAGGAGUUGCCUUACCUGACUGGUGUUCAUAAACCUCCUCAUAAGUUUUGCCCUGAUUUGGGCGCUUUCGUCACUAGGACUCUUCAGUUCUUAAUUGAGUGAGCAUAAAAAGACAGGGCUCCUCUGUGAUUUGCAUUCGGUUUUCAGUCAGUCCAGUAGCAUUAUCCAACUCUAACUCCCACAGUUCAGAUUUUCCCCAUGCCACUAUCCUGGGGACUCAGCCCGCCCCCAGCUAUUGUCACCUAGGCAUCCAAGAUCGUGCUCCCAUCCUCUGCGAGCAAGUCUUUGUCCCAGAUAACAAGUCCCACCACCUGGGCUUUGCUUAUUUUGUACGGGGUGGGACAGAUUCAAAGAAUAAUAAUAAUUGUGUUAAGUGCUUACUAUGUGCCAAGCACUAUUUUAAGCACUGGAAUAGGAACAAGGUAAUCAGGUUGGAUAAAGUCCCUAUUGUAAAUGGGUCUCAUAUUACACUGGCUUCAAUGUUAAGGUUUUCUUAGUCCCAGUUCUGCUGUGGUGUAUUUUGUGAAGGUGGGAGGCCCCUGCCCUCCCCCCAGUAGAGAAUGGGGAAACCUUUCUCAGCCCACUUUGUCAUCACUCGGGGGUGAAGCCUGACAUUUUGAAUUUUUCCCAUCUACAGUGUUCAACAGAGAGCAGAUUUGGUGUUUCUUCCCAGAGGGAAAUAGGCAUGCUCAGGUCUGACAUUGGUAAUUCUAUUCUUUACCUCCUUCCUGGCAAGUGCCACCACAGCAUAUCUUUUUGAACAUCCCAUUGAAGGUUAGGUUUCAAUGAGUGACUCUUUUAGAUGCAGUGUGAGUUGGAUCUGCUAUCUCGUAAUAGACCUUUUGUCAGAAUGAAUGCUAUUGGGCAACUGAAGCCUGUUAAGGGAAGCCAGUUAAGCUGGGUUCUAGAUUUUCUGUUAGACAAAUUUUCUUUGCCUUUCUCCCCUACAUUCUCGCUCAUCAUCUUUCCCAUCCAUUGUAAAGGGGCCACCAGAUCAUUGAAAAGGAAAUUCUGUAAUACAUCUCUGUAACUUUUUCCUUCAAAUAAGGGCUUUGUUGGGUAGGAACCGUCUAUAUGUUGCCGAUUUGUACUUCUCAAGCGCUUAGUACAGUACUCAGCACACAGUAAGCAUUCAAUAAAUAUGAUUGAGUGAAUGAAUAUAGUCCCUCUAGCAGGGUCUUUGGGCUCAAUGAGUCAUCUCCUCUGUCUCUCAGACUUCAGGCAGGGCUGUAUUUAAACCAACCUGGUAAACAUCUGUUUUACUUUUCAAGUUCUGCAGAAGAAGAGAUUCCACCAGUCUGCUUUACCAAGUACUUUUCAGAGGGUCUUAGCAAUGUACUCCUAGGAGUUGUGUGGUGUUUUUUUAAUUUAGAUGAUUACUUUUCAGUGGAUUCUCAUUUCAACUUCUCCCACCUCACUUCAGCCACUCUCUGGAAGGGUGUUGAAAGAAUCACAGUAACACUGCAGUGAGAGAAAAAUAUUGUAUCCUUUAAAGUCCCUAGCUGUGAACUGUAAUGCUGGCUGGCUUGUUUGAGGGAUGUUGGGGCCCCAAACAGUACCAUGAGAGAGGUUCUUUGCAGGUUUUGGAGUGCUAAUCUUUUGGGAUUGGGUGGGAACCACCCUGAAUCUACAUUGUGGCUUGACCACAGAAGAAGGGUGAGCAGAGGUCAAGAAAGAAGAACCCCAGGCUAAUCCCGGGAGGGAGGUGGCUCGAUGAGCUGAGGGAACUGCUGGAGUGAACUUGGACUGCUAGAAUGCAGCAGUUGGUGUAGGCUUGUGGGAUUUGUAUUCAUUCAGUUGUAUUUAUUGAGCGCUUACUGUGUGCAGAGCACUGUACUUAGCGCUUUGUAUGCCUCUGGGCCUUUCUGUUUGUCUUCUCUCUUUGGAGGGUGUUUUAGGGGCCGUCAUCUCUUGAAGUUACCCUGUUGGGUGUUAGAAACUGACUACCCUGUCACUAUUAGAGCUGGAACCCAGCUUUCUGACUCCCAGUCUGGCAUUUACUAUUUUAAAACUUGCUUUUUUUUUUUUGUAUUUAUAAAGCACUUACUGUUUGCUGAUCACCAGGCUGAGUGUUGGGGUUAACACAAGGCAGUUGACUCAGACAUAGUCCCAGUUCCCACACAGAGCUCACAGAGCAGGAGGGGAAAUACGUAUUUUAUCCCAAUUUUACAGCUGAGGAAA